AUGGGGGCGAACGUGAAUGGGGGCGAACGUGAGGACGUGAAUGGGGGCGAACGUGGACGGGGGCGAACGUGGACGGGGGCGAACGUGGACGGGGGCGAACGUGGACGGGGGCGAACGUGGACGGGGGCGAACGUGGACGGGGGCGAACGUGGACGGGGGCGAACGUGGACGGGGGCGAACGUGGACGGGGGCGAACGUGGACGGGGGCGAACGUGGACGGGGGCGAACGUGGACGGGGGCGAACGUGGACGGGGGCGAACGUGGACGGGGGCGAACGUGGACGGGGGCGAACGUGGACGGGGGCGAACGUGGACGGGGGCGAACGUGGACGGGGGCGAACGUGGACGGGGGCGAACGUGGACGGGGGCGAACGUGGACGGGGGCGAACGUGGACGGGGGCGAACGUGGACGGGGGCGAACGUGGACGGGGGCGAACGUGGACGGGGGCGAACGUGGACGGGGGCGAACGUGGACGGGGGCGAACGUGGACGGGGGCGAACGUGGACGGGGGCGAACGUGGACGGGGGCGAACGUGGACGGGGGCGAACGUGGACGGGGGCGAACGUGGACGGGGGCGAACGUGGACGGGGGCGAACGUGGACGGGGGCGAACGUGGACGGGGGCGAACGUGGACGGGGGCGAACGUGGACGGGGGCGAACGUGGACGGGGGCGAACGUGGACGGGGGCGAACGUGGACGGGGGCGAACGUGGACGGGGGCGAACGUGGACGGGGGCGAACGUGGACGGGGGCGAACGUGGACGGGGGCGAACGUGCACGGGGACGAACGUGGACGGGGGCGAACGUGGACGGGGGCGAACGUGGACGGGGGCGAACGUGCACGGGGGCGAACGUGCACGGGGACGAACGUGCAUGGGGACGAACGUGCACGGGGACGAACGUGGAUGGGGGCGAACGUGGAUGGGGGCGAACGUGGAUGGGGGCGAACGUGAAUGGGGGCGAACGUGAAUGGGGGCGAACGUGA